AUGUCAGGCAGGAAGAACAUACUGCUUCUGAUAGCAGAUGACCUGGGUCGGAAUAUCUCGACUUAUGACGCCCUGUCACCAGCGAAGACGCCUCAUCUCAGCGAGCUAGCCCGGUCAGGAUCGCUGUUCACGCACGCUUUUGCGUCGACUGCAUCCUGUUCACCCUCUCGGACCACCAUCUAUACUGGACUUCAUACACAUACCAACGGUAAUUACGGCUUGGCUGAUGGAUGGAAUGCCUUUUGCACGUUCUCUCACGUCGAAAGUGCACCCAAGAUAUUCAGGUCUCUCGGCUAUCUGACCGGCAUUAUUGGGAAGGUUCAUGUAGGCCCUCCGGACGUAUACCCGUGGCAGAUCCGAGAGGAGAGCUCGACACGAGAUGUUGCAUGGGUUGCCGACCAAGCGGAAGCCUUUUUUGCCCAGGCGAAACGAGCGGACAAGCCAUUUUUCCUGACGGUCGGCUAUAUCGACCCGCAUCGUGUAAUGGGCGAACGAGGCGGGUUCGGAAAUAAAGACAGCGGCUUCGAUGCGCGUAUUCAGGACAAGAAGUACAGUCCUGACGAGAUUGAAGUACCUGACUUUUUGAGCGAUCUGCCCGAGGUCCGCAGAGAAUUGGCAGAGUACUGCCGCAGCAUCAAUCGACUAGACCAGGGCAUUGGCAUGAUUCUGUCAGCCCUGCAACGGCAGGGUGCUGCUGACGACACACUGGUCAUAUUCAUGUCGGACAAUGGUCCGCCAUUUGUGAAUUCCAAGACAACACUUUACGAUGCUGGUGUUCGAUUACCUCUACUCAUCAGGCAGCCAGGAGUCAAAGCCGGAGUAGCGAACCCGAAUUUGGCCUCCUGGGUCGACAUCCUGCCAACAAUGCUCGACUGGACGGGACAUUCCGUACUCAAUGUCAAGGAGGCAAGUCCGCGGCGAGGCCGGUCCUUGUUACCAAUUAUGGCGGAAGAACAAGAAAUGCCAGGAUGGGAUAGAGUCUACGGAUCGCAUACAUUCCACGAGAUCACCAAUUUCUGGCCUACACGCUUCCUCCGAAACAGGCGCUUUAAAUACCACCGCAAUGUGGUAUGGAAACUGGAUUUCCCCUUUGCUCUGGACUUAUACGCCUCGAUGUCCUUCGAGGCCAUGCGGAACUCUGCCGGGUCGGAUGCUACAGGUGAUGACAUCUUGAUUGGGUCGCGCAAGUUGAAGGACUACUUCCAACGUCCGCCUGAGGAAUUAUAUGAUCUUGAAGCCGAUCCAUCCGAGGUUCGAAACCUUGCAGGUGAAAAGGAGUAUGAAGCUAUCCUAUUGGAAAUGCGGAAGGACCUGGAAAAGUGGCAGGCAGAGACCAAAGACCCAUUUUUAUGGCGUGAUGGGAUAAGCCUCUUGCUGGCCAAAUCCUACAUGCGAGACGAGGGCAUGAAAGUGCCGGAUCGAUUCGACUUUGAUGUCAGAGCUCCCAGCAACAUCAAUGGCAAGAUGGUCAAUCUUGCAGACAUAUAGUAUCCAGCAGCAGCUUGAUCUGAG